AUCUGUGCAUACAGUGAUCAUGAGAGUCGAUUUAAGGUACCAAUAAUGAAUAAUGAAGAAACAGAGGAAGCACAACUCGAAAACAAUGAAAGAAGAGAAGAAAAGAAAAGACCGGAGACGGGGGAAGAGACCGGGAAAAUCAAAGGUCAAAAUCACCGAUCAACUCGCACACGUUGAGGUAAAAUCCACACCAACAGCAAGAUCCCAGCAACCAAGCAGGAGAACGGUGUCAGAGGCGCCAUGGUUAACCCAAAUGCCAAUGAAUCGACCGCUAAAAAUGCCUCAAUUCCAUCAGAUGACCCGUCGGCGACUCCGUAGCUGAAAAGGGCGAAAAGAGGGGAGUGGGAAGUGGGACGACAUCAUACCGAAAAAGGGCAAUCGUCGGAUAACGCGGCACCCUCAGAAGGGGGCAGUGCAUUGGGGGCG